CCUGCGCGGAUGCUGGGGCUGUAAAGCGCCGCGCGGUCGGCUUUUUGCGUAUCGCAGGGAGGAGGACGCCGGGGCUCGCCUUCUCUCCGCUGCCGCGAUGAUUCCUGUUUCGCUGCUGGUGGUGGUGGUGGGUGGUUGGACUGCCGUCUACCUGACCGACUUAGUGCUGAAGUCGUCUGUCUAUUUUAAGCAUUCUUAUGAAGACUGGCUGGAAAACAAUGGAUUGAGCAUCUCCCCUUUUCACAUAAGAUGGCAAACUGCAGUCUUCAAUCGUGCCUUUUACAGUUGGGGACGGCGGAAAGCAAGGAUGCUUUACCAAUGGUUCAAUUUUGGAAUGGUGUUUGGCGUAAUUGCCAUGUUUAGCUCUUUCUUUCUCCUUGGGAAAACACUGAUGCAGACUUUGGCACAGAUGAUGGCUGACUCUCCCUCUUAUUCUUCCUCCUCUUCCUCCUCCUCUUCCUCUUCCUCUUCCUCUUCCUCUUCUUCUUCCUCUUCCUCUUCCUCCUCCUCCUCUCUUCACAAUGAACAAGUGUUACAAGUUGUGGUUCCUGGUAUAAAUUUACCUGUCAAUCAGCUGACCUACUUCUUCGCUGCAGUCCUCAUUAGUGGUGUUGUACAUGAAAUUGGACAUGGGAUAGCAGCUAUUAGGGAACAAGUUCGAUUUAAUGGCUUUGGGAUUUUUCUCUUCAUUAUUUAUCCUGGAGCAUUUGUUGAUCUGUUCACCACCCAUUUGCAACUUAUAUCACCAGUGCAGCAGCUACGAAUAUUUUGUGCAGGUAUCUGGCAUAAUUUUGUCCUUGCUCUCUUGGGUAUUUUAGCUCUUGUUCUCCUCCCAGUAAUUCUCUUGCCAUUUUACUAUACUGGAGUUGGGGUGCUUAUCACUGAAGUUGCUGAGGACUCACCUGCCAUUGGACCCAGAGGCCUUUUUGUGGGAGACCUUGUCACUCAUCUACAGGAUUGUCCUGUUACUAAUGUGCAAGAUUGGAAUGAAUGUCUAGAUACCAUUGCCUAUGAGCCCCAAAUUGGUUACUGUAUAAGUACAUCAACUUUACAACAGUUAAGCUUCCCAGUUAGAGCAUACAAACGGCUAGAUGGUUCCACUGAAUGCUGUAACAAUCACAGCCUCACAGAUGUGUGCUUCUCUUACAGAAAUAAUUUUAAUAAGCGUUUGCAUACAUGUCUACCUGCCCGGAAAGCAGUUGAAGCUACUCAAGUUUGUAGAACCAAUAAAGACUGUAAAAAAGGCUCUGGUUCAAGUUUCUGUAUAAUACCUUCUUUGGAAACUCACACUCGCUUGAUAAAAGUGAAACAUCCACCUCAAAUUGACAUGUUGUAUGUAGGACAUCCACUGCAUCUUCACUACACAGUGAGCAUCACCAGUUUUAUCCCACGUUUCAACUUCCUAAGCAUAGAUCUGCCAGUGAUUAUGGAGACGUUUGUCAAGUACCUGAUUUCCCUCUCUGGAGCUCUGGCUAUUGUUAAUGCAGUGCCCUGCUUUGCCUUGGAUGGACAAUGGAUUUUAAACUCUUUCCUGGAUGCCACUCUUACCUCAGUGAUUGGAGACAAUGAUGUCAAAGAUCUCAUAGGAUUUUUCAUCUUGCUUGGUGGCAGUGUACUUUUGGCUGCCAAUGUGACCCUGGGACUCUGGAUGGUUACGGCACGGUAAUAUUUGCUCUCUGACAGAAUCUCUAAGUUACAAUAUAUGGCUAUGUGGUAAUAUCCAUUGCCUUUAACAUCCUUACUUCAUGUGAAAUGUGUUUCUUUAAAAUUCCAUCUUGGCCAACAUCCUUCAGCUCCUCCUGUAUCCAAAAUAUCCACACUCUGUGGUGGAGGAUGAGCAGAAGAAAUGAAAGGCAUGGUCCCCAAUUGCAUUCUUGUUUUAAAGGCUGAAUGUGCAAACUUCACAUGUUUGUGGAACAAUUCCUAAAUAUGUACAAAUUUCUUCACGUAAUACCAUUUGGUGUGACUACAUAGCAUGUUGAAAUAACUCAAAGGAGAGCAGAAUUGGAUGAAAA